AUGGGCCGAAUUACCAUUUUCAGCACGAACGAUUGCCACUUUUGCCUUCGGGCCAAGAGAGAGCUGCAGUACCGAUGUCUGCCCUUUGUGGAAAUUGAUAUUGGAGCCUUUCCAGAACGAAAGGAGGAUAUGUUGGAAUUGGCUGGCCGAUACUCGGUGCCUCAGAUAUUCCUCAAUGAUACUUGGAUUGGCGGGUGCGAUAAAUUGUUGGUUCUCUUGGAUCAAUGGGAUAAUGAAGCUUCGGAAGCAGAGAAUGAUGUCAGUUGCCAGGACGUCAUUGAAGCCGAAAAGAAAGCUUUUGGCGGUCGCAGUAUUUCCGAGGGGAUUCUAGAAAAUUGUCGCAUUUGGCGCAAGUAUCAAGAAGAAGUCGCGUCCAAGCCGGACCCGGCCGAUCCCAGAUUGGCGCUACCGACGCCUCUCGUGGUCAAAAGCGACAAUCCACAGCAAGGCGAAGGAGGAGUCGAUGUACCAGCCAGGGCCUUGCUCAUGGAAAAGAAUGUUAGCGAGGCUGACCUGGAUGAAGAAGGGUAUGGAGAGGAAAGCAACUUUGGCUGCAUUCCACUUCCCGAUGGAACGUGUGCGGGCAUUCGAGAAGUCACCAAUGAUCUGGUCGAAAACAUGCCACGACACAAGCUUGCCUACCUGGCCAAGUUCUACACUGACUGCUUUCCCGGAAAAGAAGGAGUCGAUGCACUCCUCAAAAUCUAUCCCUUUGAGAGCCCCAGUAGCAGCAGUGACAUCAGCGAUGAGGAUCGAGAAGAGGCAACCGCGAAAGCUCGGGCCAAAGCUGUCAAGUUUGGGCUGCUACUGCAGCAGUAUGGGAUCCUUCAUCAUGUUUGUAAUGAGCGAAAGUUUCAGGAUACGUCCUCAUAUUACUACAGGCUUCAACCAUUCCAUGAACCGAGGGUCCUCAACAGCUUUCAGUCCUUGCAACGAGUCCUACAACAGCUACCCAAAGACCAUCCUGUGCCCAAAUCGUUUCGGGGAUUGCCUGUGGAAGAGGACCAGAAAGAUCUCGGCAGCAUGGGCAGCCAACAUGACAAGAAGAAAAAGGGCAUGCUGGACCUUAGCAGUAGCAAUCACGACAAGAAGAAAAAGGGCAUGCUGGACCUUAGCAGCAGCAAUCAUGACAGGAAGAAAAAGGACAGUGGUCCUGAUUUUCCCCUGCCUCUUGUCUUGACUCCGCAAGGCGCUCUAGCUCUGUUGAGUCGGCUGCAGAAACUGCUGACCAAUAUUGAAGUGCGAGCGACUGGUCGUGAUGGUAUCGAUUUCCUGGCGGCUAAAGACUACGAUGAUCCAGACUUUCAGUUGCUGGAAGAAGGGUCCUGUCAGCUGCAGUGUAUGGAUCCGAUGGCGCUGGCUGCCACCAUGACACACGAAGAAAAAAUGGUCUUUGGAAUUCAUCUGUACAACAUCAUGGUUCGGCAUGCAUACAUCAAGGUGGGCAUUCCCCUGAAAUCGUCACAACGGGGAGCUUUCUUCACGGGAGUCUGCUACAACGUUGCAAAUCAAAUCUUAUCUCUGGAUGACGUUGAGCAUGGAAUCAUUCGCGCCAACACACGACAUCCCUACCACCUGUCUGCACAAUUCGUGGGCGACGAUCCCCGACGUGCUUGGGCCGUUUCCAAAUUGGAUCCACGCAUUCACUUCACGUUGUUCUGCGGCGCCAACAGUUGUCCGCCAUCUUCGCACUACACCGUGGACAAUCUAGAAAAUGAAUUGCAACUCGCCGCUGAAUCUUUUGUGCAGGAAGAUUCCAAUGUUCUUGUCGACCGAGAAAACAACACGUUGCAUUUGAGCAUGCUCUUCAAGUGGUACCGAAGCGAUUUCGGCGCGUCGUCAAACCGGGAUCUUCCCGCUGUCAUUUUGAAGUAUCUACCGAAGCGUGGAGAAAAGUACAAGGCCCUGUCAAAAAUGUUCGAGAAAAAGUCCGGCUCCUUUUCUGGAUUGUUCCGUUCGUCGGGUGGCGCGGACAUCAAGAUCAAGUUUCUGCCAUACGAUUGGGGUUCUAAGGCUGCGCCUGGCAAAUGCUUGGAAUUCACCAGUGGAGCUCUGAGGACUAGAGAAGUGUCUCUCCGAGCACCCUUUUCCAAGCAGAGGGGAACCUCCCCGCUACCAAAGGGGUGCAUUCCGGCGAGCUAG